UGUUUCAGAGGAGCCAGUAGGGAGACUUCCUGGUUGGCUCUGCGGGGUUCUGUUGUCCCACCGCCCGCAGACCUUUCUGAACCUGAGGCCUUCACCAAGGCUCAGUCCUCGGCUGUAGUCGAAGACGAACAAAACGUCAACGACCAUCUCGUCCAAACCAAGGCGGCGGUGAGAGAGCGGUAGCCCAGCCGCGGAGAGCAGCUGCUACGCGGCCGGGGAGCAGUGAGGCUAGCUGGUGCUGAGCUAUCAGGCGGAGCCGCGGUGGAGACUCCCACUCUCAGUUUGCUCUGCUUUAGCCUCAAAAAGCCUCCAAACUACGCCAAGAGUUCAGGAAACUUUUGUAGACAAACCUGGAGACUGUGAGCAUGUGGUUGGAGCCACAGGUCUUGUAGAAUGAAGAGCCCGGCUCACCGCACCAGGGACAUCGAGCGGCAAGCUGGCUACCUGAAGCCCGAGCACUGUGCCCCGCCCCCGCUCCGCAACGGCUCCGACACCAUGUGGUUCAUCCGCGACAGCUGCGGGAUCGUGUGUGGCAUCAUCACCUGGCUCCUGGUCUUCUAUGCCGAGUUUGUGGUGCUGUUUGUGAUGCUGCUGCCGGCCAAGAACGUGGCCUACAGCCUCUUCAACGGGCUGAUCUUCGGCAGCCUCGGCUUCCUCGCCCUCGCCUCUCACGCCAGGGCCAUGUGCACAGACCCGGGAGCUGUGCCUAAAGGAAACGCUACUAAAGAAUUCAUUGAAAGCCUGCAGCUCAAACCGGGACAGGUGGUUUACAAAUGUCCCAAAUGCUGCAGCAUCAAGCCUGACAGAGCUCAUCACUGCAGUGUGUGUAAACGCUGCAUCAAAAAGAUGGACCACCACUGUCCCUGGGUGAACAACUGUGUGGGAGAGAACAACCAGAAAUACUUUGUCCUCUUCACAAUGUACAUUGCACUAAUAUCACUCCACGCUCUAGCCUUGGUUGCGCUCCAUUUUGUGUUCUGCUUUGAAGAAGACUGGACAAAGUGCAGUAACUUCUCUCCACCAGCAACUGUCAUCCUCCUCAUCCUCCUCUGUUUUGAAGGUCUCCUCUUUUUAAUCUUCACCGCAGUCAUGUUUGGAACUCAGGUUCACUCCAUCUGCACCGAUGAGACGGGCAUAGAGCAGCUGAAAAAGGAGGAGAGACGAUGGGCCAAAAGGUCUAAAUGGAUGAACAUGAAGGUGGUGUUUGGACACCCGUUCUCUGUCACCUGGCUGAGCCCGUUUGCAACACCCGACCACGGCAAAGCAGACAUCUACCAGUAUAUAGUGUGAAAGUCAGCUGUGGACCUCAAAGAGCAUGAACUUAUCUCUACUACAUAUACACGUUCUUUCAUUUAUUGAUAUUUCAGGGUAUUCUGUCUGAAGAUAUUAUAACAGUUUUUUCUAAAUAUUGUCACCUUUUACAUUUUAUGUUUCUGUUCCUCUUGGUGCUGACUGAGAUUAAUAAGGUAUAACUCAAACUAAGCAGCAACAGCUAAACAAGAGGCACUUAAUACGAGUCGGUGGAACGACACCGGAGUGAAGAGGCGGUUUCUGCCUUCUCCUGAGGAUCCUGCAUCAUUUCCUGCUUCCAAUAUUUAUCCAUGUGAACUGAAGUCCAGGAUGGUUUCGCACUGAGCAGCACAGUCAAGGUCACUUGUGUGUGUUUUGUCCCCCCAACAUCAUCCUGAUCCUGUCUCAUCUUGUGUCUUUGAUAAUCGUCUUUUUACUUCAUGCGGAGGAGGAUCCUGCCUUAGAACGUUACAUCGAUGAACUGUCUGCUGUUUGUUCAAGACAUUUACAUUCUUUUUGCCUUAACGUGCCAGUCAGGGUGAGGCAGAUUCUCUUUGGUUAAUCAUUUUUUUAAAUGACCCUGUGGUGUGUCCUUUUUUUUUUUUUUUUUUUU